AUAUCAAGGCGGAGAAGGGUACGAAUUAGCAAUUCUGAGGAGUUGUCUGUACGUGUUUGUGAGAUGUUGGACCAUAUUGGCUACAGUCAGUCCAUGGUCCACGACAGGCGGGCGGCAUGGAGAGAGCAUGAUGCGAUCAUGAGCGGUAAAAGACAGGCAACAACCGAAAUAACUGCAGGCAGUAAGGGUGAGGGAUUUACAGCACCAUUUGAGAGUGACACUGAUUGUGUUAUUCUUAGCAAUAACACACUGUGCAGAUUACCAGAUGAUGACACCGUGCAAUUGCCCGACACCCACUAUGAGUUUAUUAUGGACUAUGAACACUGCCACCCAGGACAUUUCAGACUGGAAUUGAAACACACCGGGACUUUGGAGAUUUCCAACAUUGAAGAGGCUUUGUUUGUCCAUGACAAUGGCAGAACAUUUAUUUCAAGUGCAAAAUACAGGAAAUCAUUUAUUGAUAAAACAAAUGAAACAGUUUCUGGACCAGCCCUGACAGGGUGUACGGAAUAUCUUAGCUGGGACCAUGUUUAUGCAUUCCCCUGUACCAGUCAACAACAGUUGCUCUCGGAGUGGAUAAACAGACCCAGACACCACCACUGGCCAUCAUCGGACCUAAUAUCAGAAGUAUCUGAACUCCAGGCCCAAAUGGUCCCUGUAGGCUGUAAAAGUAGUGAACAUAAAGACAUUGAGUGGAGGGUCUGUUUUAUAUUCAGUGAGCAAAAACUAACUGACAGCUGGAAUGGGAAACAAUACAAAGUAUACAUUCUGCUCAAGUUACUUACGAAAUCCCAGCUGAAACCAAUAAACGAUGUAAUAUCGUCGUAUCUAUUGAAAAAUAUAAUGCUGUGGUUCACAGAACAGAAUCCAACACAAAUAUUUAAGAAACAACAUUUAUUUCAAAAUGUGAUCUCAUGUCUUAGGAAUCUCAAGGACGCCAUUCAUGCCAAUUAUCUUCCUUAUUACAUGGUCCCCAGUAGAAACCUGCUGACAGGCAGAAUGAUCCCUGAUCAGCAGCAACAGUUGAUUGCUAAGCUUGACGAGCUGAUACAGGAAGGUCCUCUUGUGAUAAUGAGAUGUCCGAAAGUGCUGACAGCCCUGAAUAUGUCUCCAACUGAACUGGCUAGGAAGGGCCGCUGGAGGAACAAGCUGGAGAAGCUAUACCUGCAGAGGGAAAAUAUAUGGCCGACAUACUGGUGGCCUGGCAUGGAGACAAAGAGGCUGCAUCAGCUGGUAUGGAGUGAUCCACACUACGCCAGUAUGAGAGACAAACUGCGUAAAAUGCUCUGGCCCGAGUGGAAGCAAAGCCAGAGAGAUUAUUUUGGGCGUGUAUUGAAAAGGAAAGUUGCGGGUGCCCUAUCGUAGCUAAGGCAUCAAACACGAUAACAUAGACACAGAGAAGACAAUAAGAUGGUCUUCUCUGCAUCUGUAUUUAUGGUUUGGCCUCAUUUGGGACAGUGAUUGGGGUAAAUUUGAAUGUGACAGACAACCUCGUUUGGCCUCACUUCGAACAGUACAAGGAAAAAAAGAUAGAUACACUAGAAUACUUUAUUUAUUUCGUUUGACUCACAGACAAAAUAAACAAAACAAAAAUACAUUUUGACGCAAUAAGAGAUGAUAUAACAGCUUUCAAAAUCACAUUUCUGUUCCAUAUGAUUUGAACAAAUGCAGGCGCGUAGCUAGGGCCAAUUUGGGAUUACGCAGAUCGAUUGACGGACAUCAUAUUAACCCCUUCACCCCCUUCGGUUUUGAUUUCAAAUUCGGGGGUUUUGGUAUGACAAAAAAUUCGGCCGGUCCAAAAUUCAUUACGCAACUGCGAAUUUGCGUAUAGUCACCUACGCGCCUGAAAUGAUUGGUCAGUUUAAGAUGUUAUA